CUCCACCCUCCCCCCAGCAGCCGCGUACAGGUGAGUGAUCGGGAGCGCGGCGGUCGAGUCUCGAGAGCACGAGCUGAAGCGUGACAUGAGAUUCGGUCUGAACCGACCGGAUUGAGCUGAUCUGCAGCGGCGGAGCGGAGCGAGGAGACCUAGAUCUGGUUCUGCAGACGGACCCGCUGAAGUUCACGGCACCUUAUGCCUCCGUGAAUGACCCCUGACCUGUGAAGCCCUUCCCCUCCAGUCCCGUCCAGUCGCACGCUUCACCAUGGUUUGCUACGACAACGCGAGUGUGGAGUUCUUCUACAACAUGAGCAAGAAGAACAUCAGCAACACGUGGAGGCCCAAAGAUGUGGUGGUGGUUGGUCUGGGAAUUUUCGUCAGUGCUUUCGUCAUCUUCGCCAACAUCCUGGUCAUGCUGGCCAUCUUCAUGAACCGCAGGUUCCACUACCCCAUUUACUACCUGCUGGGAAACCUGGCGGCGGCCGACCUGUUCGCCGGCAUCUCCUACCUGUACCUGAUGUUCCACACGGGCCCCUGGACCAUCAAACUCUCCGUCUAUCAGUGGUUUGUCCGGCAGGGUUUGAUCGACACCAGUCUGACGGCGUCCGUCAUCAAUCUGAUGGCCAUCGCGCUGGAGCGCCACCAGACCAUCUUCACCAUGCAGCUGCACAGCAAAAUGACCAACCACCGGGUGGUGCUGCUGAUCGUCGGCAUCUGGCUCAUCGCCAUAGUGAUGGGGCUGGUGCCCACUAUGGGAUGGAGCUGCGUGUGCAACAUCCAGGAGUGCUCGAACAUGGCGCCGCUCUACAGCCGCAGCUACCUGGUGUUCUGGGCCGUGCUCAACCUGCUGACCUUCACCGUCAUGGUGGCCGUCUACACGCGCAUCUUCGUCUACGUGCGUCGCAAGAACCACCGCAUGAGCCAGCACACCUCGCAGGUCAAGCACAAGGAGACGGUGGUCAACCUCAUGAAGACCGUCGUCAUGAUCCUGGGUUGUUUCGUGGUGUGUUGGACGCCGGGUCUGGUGCUGCUUCUCCUGGACGGUUUGUGCGAAUCCUGCGACGUCCUGACCUACGAGAAGUUCUUCCUGGUGCUGGCCGAGUGCAACUCCUUCAUGAACCCGAUCAUCUACUCCUACCGCGACAAGGACAUGCGCGACACCUUCAAACGCAUCCUCUGCUUCCCGUGUGUGGGGUCGCGGCAGAAGGGCGAGCACUCGGGCGUCCACUUCAACACCCUCGAGCAAGAGCGGAGACGGCGCGUGCAGCAGGAGUCGUGGGUCGUAUGUAGAUUCGCUUGCAUUUAAAUCCUCAAUCAGCCUCCAUAAUCACUCCGCCUUUAACAGUUCAACCUGAUUCACGUCCACCGGCACACUAAUGCUCACUAACCGGUCAGACGGGCGGCUGUUCUGGUUCCUGUGAGUGUUUACACGCGUUGCAUGUCCUGCACAGCUGAUGGUGUCUCUAAGGGUUUUCCAUGAUGGUUUCAUUUUAAUUUGUUCUCUAAACGACCAGUUCCUGUGUGUGCGUGUAUGAUGUGCAUGUUUGUGAAUGCUCCUCUCACGUCUUUGUAAUGUUGCGGUCGCAAUGUCUCUGGCUAACAGAUGUGCACCGAUGAUGUAAAUAUUUGCACAUUUGUCAGAGUGGCAUGUGCAUAAAGCAUUGCACGCGAGCAUCCGGUCUCUCUCACACACAUGUACACACACACAGAUGGUUUUGAUUGAGGUCCUCUAGUGGUGCUCUUGUGUAACUGCGGCACUAGUACACGCUGUACUAACUGACUGGCAUGCACGUGAUUCCUGCAUUAACCACAUUUAAAAUGUCCCUGGUUUUUAAAGAGGGCCUUUUUUACGUUUUUAUCUGUUGUAUUUUAAGACUUAAAUUCCUGUGAUCUGUACUGAAGUCUCUCAUCUGAGAUUCGAGGCGUGAUUGUUCAUCAUCUCAUGACUUCAGCGUCAUAUUUAAGAACAUGUUUUGCUUCGCUGUUUGAAAUAUGAGCUGGACGCAUGAGUUUGUGGGUUUCAGAUGAUUAAGACGACGAUUCUGUGGUUUGAUUUAACCAUCUGUUUGUAAUCGCCUCCUGUGACCAGUGACGUGGACACACAGAUAUUUUGCUCUGGUUGUCGGUUUAUGAUUGUGGUUUAAAGAUAGUAAUCAAAACAGGUGCUCAAAAUGUCCGUGUGUCGUCUGGACGGUCGCUUGUUCUCUCUCUUCAUCUACUGAUCAUUCAACACUGAUAAUGUGUCAUUAUGUUGUACAGACUUGAUUUUACGGCUUUUUAUUAUUGAUGAAUAAACAUGCCUGAUGAAGCCGCUUCUGUCCGUCUGCUGUCUGUGAUCCGCUAGAUGUGCGUUUAGGGCGGGGAACAUCUCCGACUGAAUGGACAUUCCCCGUGCUAAAGCAGUCUGUGAUGCUGAUUGAUUGAGAUCUGUCACGUUCAGCUUCGCUCAUAGACACGCAUGCGCUGGAUCUGCUGGCGUCGGUCCGGCGCAUGCGUCUCUAGACGCUUUUCUUUCACGUCCGCUCAGCUCUGAUUGGGUGAGAUCAUCUUAACUUGGUGAAACGCAGAUUUAACUAAUUAACAGUUGUUUGCAGCCCAGUGUUUUCUUGGCUCUCUGUGUGUCUCAGGCUCGUAAGGCUCGCGACGGAGACGGCGCCCAGGCCAACGGAGGACAGGUCAUGCUGAGGGAUGCGGAGAACAUGCUGGACUCCACCGAGAGCUGAGGAACAUGUAGCAGAACCUGAAGGAUCGACGAGUCCUGCAAACUGACGUCAUGCAGUGAGCUGAUUGGCUGAACAAGCUGUCAUUCAGAUGUAUCAGAUGAAGAGACUCGUGUGUGUGUGUGUGUGUCUUUGAGCUGUGACUGAGUUAGUUGUAAAUAUAGUUUUUAUUUAAUUAAAGUUUUACUGAUGAAG